AUGCGCAGCCGUUUCUGCGCAGCCGUUUCUGCGCAGCCGUUUCUGCGCAGCCGUUUCUGCGCAGCCGUUUCUGCGCAGCCGUUUCUGCGCAGCCGUUUCUGCGCAGCCGUUUCUGCGCAGCCGCUUCUGCGCAGCCGCUUCUGCGCAGCCGCUUCUGCGCAGCCGCUUCUGCGCAGCCGCUUCUGCGCAGCCGCUUCUGCGCAGACGCUUCUGCGCAGCCGCUUCUGCGCAGCCGCUUCUGCGCAGCCGCUUCUGCGCAGCCGCUUCUGCGCAGCCGCUCCUGCGCAGCCGUUUCUGCGUAGCCGUUCCUGCGCAGCCGUUCCUGCGCAGCCGUUCCUGCGCAGCCGUUCCUGCGCAGCCGCUGCUGCGCAGCCGUUCCUGCGCAGCCGUUCCUGCGCAGCCGUUCCUGCGCAGCCGUUCCUGAGCAGCCGUUCCUGCGCAGCCGUUCCUGCGCAGCCGUUCCUGCGCAGCCGUUUCUGCGCAGCCGUUUCUGCGCAGCCGUUCCUGCGCAGCCGUUCCUGCGCAGCUGCUUCUGCGCAGCUGUUCCUGCGCAGCUGUUCCUGCGCAGCUGUUCCUGCGCAGCUGUUCCUGCGCAGCUGCUUCUGCGCAGCUGCUUCUGCGCAGCUGCUUCUGCGCAGCUGCUUCUGCGCAGCUGCUUCUGCGCAGCUGCUUCUGCGCAGCUGUUUCUGCGCACCUGUUUCUGCGCAGCUGUUUCUGCAGAAGCAGCUGCGCAGAAGCAGCUGCGCAGGAACAGCUGCGCAGAAGCAGCUGCGCAGGAACAGCUGCGCAGAAGCAGCUGCGCAGAAACAGCUGCGCAGGAACAGCUGCGGAGGAACAGCUGCGCAGGAACAGCUGCGCAGGAACAGCUGCGCAGAAACAGCUGCGCAGGAACAGCUGCGCAGGAACAGCUGCGCAGGAACAGCUGCGCAGAAACAGCUGCGCAGAAACAGCUGCGCAGAAACAGUGCGCAGAAACAGCUGCGCCGAAACAGCUGCGCCGAAACAGCUGCGCCGAAACAGCUGCGCAGAAACAGCUGCGCCGAAACAGCUGCGCAGGAACAGCUGCGCAGGAACGGCUGCGCAGGAACGGCUGCGCAGGAACGGCUGCGCAGGAACGGCUGCGCAGGAACGGCUGCGCAGGAACGGCUGCGCAGGAACGGCUGCGCAGGAACGGCUGCGCAGGAACGGCUGCGCAGAAACGGCUGCGCAGAAACGGCUGCGCAGAAACGGCUGCGCAGAAACGGCUGCGCAGGAACGGCUGCGCAGGAACGGCUGCGCAGGAACGGCUGCGCAGGAACGGCUGCGCAGGAACGGCUGCGCAGGAACGGCUGCGCAGGAACGGCUGCGCAGAAGCGGCUGCGCAGAAGCGGCUGCGCAGAAGCGGCUGCGCAGAAGCGGCUGCGCAGAAGCGGCUGCGCAGAAGCGGCUGCGCAGAAGCGGCUGCGCAGAAGCGGCUGCGCAGAAGCGGCUGCGCAGAAGCGGCUGCGCAGAAGCGGCUGCGCAGAAGCGGCUGCGCAGAAGCGGCUGCGCAGAAGCGGCUGCGCAGAAGCGGCUGCGCAGAAGCGGCUGCGCAGAAGCGGCUGCGCAGAAGCGGCUGCGCAGAAGCGGCUGCGCAGAAACGGCUGCGCAGAAACGGCUGCGCAGAAACGGCUGCGCAGAAACGGCUGCGCAUAAACGGCUGCGCAUAAACGGCUGCGAACGGCUGCGCAGGAACGGCUGCGCAGGAACGGCUGCGCAGGAACGGCUGCGCAGGAACGGCUGCGCAGGAACGGCUGCGCAGGAACGGCUGCGCAGGAACGGCUGCUCAGGAACGGCUGCGCAGGAACGGCUGCGCAGGAACGGCUGCGCAGGAACGGCUGCGCAGGAACGGCUGCGCAGGAACGGCUGCGCAGAAACGGCUGCGCAGAAACGGCUGCGCAGAAACGGCUGCGCCGAAACGGCUGCGCCGAAACGGCUGCGCCGAAACGGCUGCGCAGAAACGGCUGCGCCGAAACGGCUGCGCCGAAACGGCUGCGCAGAAACGGCUGCGACGAAACGGCUGCGCCGAAACGGCUGCGCCGAAACGGCUGCGCCGAAACAGCGGCGCCGAAACAGCUGCGCCGAAACAGCUGCGCAGAAACAGCUGCGCCGAAACAGCUGCGCAGAAACAGCUGCGCAGGAACAGCUGCGCAGGAACAGCUGCGCAGAAACAGCUGCGCAGAAACAGCUAGGCAGAAACAGCUGCGCAGAAACAGCUGCGCAGAAACAGCUGCGCAGAAACAGCUGCGCAGAAGCAGCUGCGCAGAAACAGCUGCGCAGAAACAGCUGCGCAGAAGCAGCUGCGCAGAAGCAGCUGCGCAGAAGCAGCUGCGCAGGAACAGCUGGGCAGAAGCGGCUGCGCAGGAACGGCUGCGCAGGAACGGCUGCGCAGGAACGGCUGCGCAGGAACGGCUGCGCAGGAACGGCUGCGCAGGAACGGCUGCGCAGGAACGGCUGCGCAGGAACGGCUGCGCAGAAACGGCUGCGCAGAAACGGCUGCGCCGAAACGGCUGCGCCGAAACGGCUGCGCCGAAACGGCUGCGCCGAAACGGCUGCGCAGAAACGGCUGCGCCGAAACGGCUGCGCCGAAACGGCUGCGCCGAAACGGCUGCGCCGAAACGGCUGCGCAGAAACGGCUGCGCCGAAACGGCUGCGCAGAAACGGCUGCGCAGAAACGGCUGCGCCGAAACGGCUGCGCAGAAACAGCUGCGCCGAAACAGCUGCGCAGGAACAGCUGCGCAGAAACAGCUGCGCAGAAACAGCUGCGCAGAAACAGCUAGGCAGAAACAGCUGCGCAGGAACAGCUGCGCAGGAACAGCUGCGCAGAAGCAGCUGCGCAGAAACAGCUGCGCAGAAGCAGCUGCGCAGAAGCAGCUGCGCAGAAGCAGCUGCGCAGAAGCAGCUGCGCAGAAGCAGCUGCGCAGAAGCAGCUGCGCAGAAGCAGCUGCGCAGGAACAGCUGCGCAGAAGCAGCUGCGCAGGAACAGCUGC